GCGAUCUUCCCUGAUCCCCCUCCACCUUCUCCGACUCGCUGCCCCACCCUUCUCCCGCAACCCCCGCGCCCCCAAACGGAAUCCCGCCGGUGCCCGGCUAGUCUCCCCGGCGCGCCGGCGCCGCCCCGGACCUCGCCGACACCCCGCGCGCCUCCUUCGCUGCCACCAUCCAGUGAGUAGCCGCCACAACUACCGCCCCCGAGAGCGCCGGCACGCACGGAUCUAGCCGGACCCGAUCGGAGUGGGCCAGGGGUGCCCUUCGCGGGCGCUGUGUUGCCGCCGUUGACCGCCAUGCCACUGCCGCCCCCAAUUCCCCACCACACAUUGCCACGCGCGGGCCAGCCCCGCGCCGACGACUAGGCAUGACUCGAACCACGGUGUUCUGCUGCUAGCUCUAGAAGCGCCCUCAGGCACUGAUCCCAUUCUUCCACACGACCGCUGCUGGUCACCCGCCCCAAACGCCGUCGAGCCAGCAUCUCCUCCAAAAAAUCUGAUGGCGGAGGGCCCCUGCUCCUCAAUGCCAUGGCCGCCCUAUCCGCUCGGCCCCCUGGCAAUCCUUGCCGCCGCCCCGCCACAAACGUCCACCCUAUGGAGCUCCCUCCUCCACUGGUGUCCGGCCGCCUCCCUGUCCCUUGCCACAUCUACGCAUGGACCUCUACGAGGGGAGAGUUCAUCAUCUCAGGGCACCACAUCAACACUCCAAGAGAUGUGUGGACCGAGCACUGUGACAACGCAGUAAAGGAAAAUAAUGCAUGCUUGUGUGAAGUUCUACCACGGCUAUAUGCUGGAAGCUGUGAAGUCCUAGCACGGCUCUCCACCAAGUUCUAGUCGAUUCAACGUCUACUCUUUCCGUUUUUCACUCUAGUGAGCAUGAGAUGCUGCUGAUGCAUGUGCUCUUCUACCUCGGAAAGAAGCUACUGCUGCUUCGGAUUUGGGUGAACAUCCGGUAUGGAGAUGUGUGUAUGCUACGAUGAGAAGAUAAGGCAUAUGAUUUUUUUUUAUAGACAAAGGUGUGUGUAUGCUACGAUGAGAAGAUAAGGUAUUUUUUAUAGAAUCAACGUGUGGUGGAGAGACAUGCACCGCUUUGUCACAAAACCAUCAACCGGCUUAUAUAUUGCUUAAAUUAUUAUCACAUAUGUAAUUAGAAGAGCAAGUACUUAGUUUUUCAUGGUUUGAUGCGUAUAUUUUGUAAUUAUUUUUCAUUUACAAACCACUAA